AUGGGCAACCAACAGUCAAGCGGCAAGGACAAGAAAGGCGACAAGGGCGGUGCCGACGGCGUCCCUCUCGGCCGCGAGUACUAUCGCUCCUUCGAGAGAUCCGACACCAAAGACUCGACCCGCUCGCUGCGGAACUCGUUGCGCAAUAAGAUCCCCAUCGCCGCAAAGUCCGACAGUCCACGCAACUCGGUUGCCGGCAUUGGCGAUGCCAACGGCAAGGUGGACAAGUCGGAUGCUGCUUCGACAAAGUCCAAAGGCUCGCGAAGAAACUCGCUAGCUUCAACCCCCGCACCACCCCCCGCCUCAGCCCCCGCCGACGGCUCGACAGAGCCCACAGACAAGCCCGAGUCCGACGCGGACGUGCCCCAAGCACCGCCCUCGCCCGUUCACGGCGCAACGCUCGGAACAGGCCACGAGGGUGUGACCAAGGCCCAGCGAACUGGCGAGGUCGACCACGUCUCUGAUGUUCCGCCCACGGGAGCCGCACAGCCUUCGGCUUCGGCCCAGCCGGGCGAGUCCAUUUUGCAAAAGAAAGACCAGCCUAUUCCCAGGCUGCCGGAGCCUCCAGCGCCAACAGACGGCUCGGGCUCCCCCAUGGAAAUCAGCGCGCUCAAGACAAUGGAUCUCGAUGACAUGAUUCAGCGACUGCUCGAUGCUGCAUAUGCCGGAAAAGUCACAAAGACAGUCAGCCUGAAGAAUGCCGAGAUCUUCGCCAUUUGCUCAGCUGCUCGAGAAGUAUUCCUGAGCCAGCCAGCUUUGCUCGAACUUGCUGCGCCUGUGAAGAUUGUGGGCGAUAUCCAUGGACAAUACACCGACCUGAUUCGAAUGUUCGAAAUGUGCGGCUUCCCGCCAAAUUCAAACUAUCUCUUCCUCGGCGACUAUGUCGACCGCGGCAAGCAGAGUCUGGAAACCAUUCUUCUGCUCCUCUGCUACAAGCUCAAGUUCCCCGAGAACUUCUUCCUGUUGCGCGGCAACCACGAGUGCGCCAACGUCACGCGCGUAUACGGUUUCUACGACGAAUGCAAGAGGAGGUGUAAUAUCAAGGUCUGGAAGGCUUUUGUCGAUACCUUCAAUACUCUGCCUAUUGCCGCCAUUGUAGCCCAAAAGAUUUUCUGUGUACACGGCGGACUAUCACCCAGCCUGUCGCACAUGGACGACAUUAGACAAAUUGCGCGACCUACCGACGUGCCUGACUAUGGCCUGCUCAACGACCUGUUGUGGAGUGAUCCUGCCGACAUGGAGAACGACUGGGAAUCCAAUGAACGCGGAGUUAGUUACUGCUUUGGCAAAAAGGUCAUUAUGGAAUUCCUGGCCCGACACGACUUCGACCUGGUUUGCAGAGCCCACAUGGUUGUAGAAGAUGGUUACGAGUUCUUCACAGAUCGAGUAUUGGUGACUGUGUUUUCUGCGCCAAACUAUUGUGGUGAAUUCGACAACUGGGGUGCCGUCAUGUCGGUUUCUGGCGAAUUACUUUGCAGUUUCGAGCUCCUAAAACCCCUCGACUCAAGUGCGCUGAAGAGCCAUAUCAAAAAGAGCAGGAACAAGCGCCAAAGCAUGCUCAACUCACCACCCGCACACUACGCUCCUCAAAGUUACUAAUCAUAUAUGUUUGGGUAUAGGAUACCCGCGGUACUCCGCCCUCUGCGUCUACAUCCAUAACUCUGACAGAAAACAUUUUGGUACUACAAAAGCCGGGGUCUUCUGAAUUAGCCGAUGAUGCCAGCAUGACAGACGAACGAGAAAAGCGACAUGUUACCAAACAGCCACGGUGCGUGCAAAGGAAACCUGGAUUGGAACGACUGAGCAGUCAAGACGAUGAUGCCUCUAUACCUGUGCCCACGGAACAUGGACACAUCAGAUCGAGCACUUGGGUAGAUACUCGAAGCGAGCCUACUGCAAUACCCAAAAACCCUAGGGCGCCGUUGCUACUGCAAAACACGCAUUCGCACAGCGCUAAACAACUAGGCCAAGAGCAAAGGAAACAGAGGCUCGAAGAAUAGAG